AUGAAUAAGGAGGCGAUCACAUUGAAACAAGAGGAUGAUAUUACAGUGAAAGAGGAAUAUGGGAACGAGGUUGUCAAAGUGGAAAAAGGGGUAGGAGCUUUCAGAAUCAAGAAGGAGGAAGAACCUUUUGAAGUAAAAGAGGAGGAUUUCUCAAUAAAAGAGGAAGACGAGACCGAACAUCCGAUUACCACCAGACAACGCUGGCCGUUCCGUCCUCCCGGAGUCACAGUGUCGUACCUCUCCCGGGGGAAGAAGUUGUCUCUGCUGCUGGUGGACUGCAGGAAAGCAACAGGGCUGAGUGGAACUGAGAGAGGAGGAGAGAAGAACGGAUCAGAUUUGACACAUCAAAAAAUUGAGAGUGACACGAAAGGAAUGGAUGAGGACUCUAUGAGUGAUCUGAGUUUUGAUUCCAGCGCGGAUGAAAUGUUUUUGGAAGAAGAAGAUCCACUUUUCGAUCAUGGCUCCGACUGGGAGUCCCCAGUGCCAACUUGUCCAUCCCCCUGUGAAGCUGGUUCAUCCAGCUGUCCCCCUGCUGUCUCCGGCUCCACGCCUCCCGGGCUCCUCCCCUCUAGAGGACCGGCAUUGAAGAGGAAGAGGGGAAGUGUGUCAUCCGCUAACAGAGGGACAGAAGGGCGUUGGCACACCGUCCUAGAAGACGAUGUGGAGCCACCCCAACCAACUUUUAGGCCGAAAAGGAAGCCAGGACCUCAACUAAACAUGACUGCUAAGUACAGUCCCCUUCAGCUUUUUCAGCUGUUCUUCACCCCAUCCGUUGUAGAGUCGCUCGUGUCUAACACCAAUAAGUAUGGGAAGAAGAAGCAAGCAGGCAAAAAGGCAGCAUGGAAGCCCAUAUCCACGGCAGACUUGUUCUGCUACCUUUCUCUGGUCAUCUACAUGGGGCUGGUGAGGCUGAAAAGCCUGAGGGACUACUGGAAAACGUCAUCUCUCUACCAACUGCCUUUCCCCAUGACUGUUAUGUCCUGCAAAAGGUUUCUGGAUCUCUCCCAGGCGCUUCACAUCAGUGACCCAAUGGUUGAUGAAGAGAAUGAGAAGAAGAGAGCACACAUUGUCGAGGCCUGCAAGACAUACUUUCAGCCAGCCCAGAACGUGUCAAUCAAUGAGAGGAUGGUGGCCUCAAAGGACAGCAUUGGCCUCCAGCAGUACGUGAGAAACAAACCAACCAAGUGUGGUUUCAAGCUGUUUGUGUUGGCUGAUUCUGAGUGUGCCUACACGUGCAAUUUCUUGGUCUACGAGGGGAAGAACAGUUUCGCUUACGGUAAGGAACUCAGCUAUGCCUCUGUAAUGGUGUUAUUGGAUUUUCAACUGCUCGGGAAGGGCUACAAACUGUUUGUGGAUAACUUCUACACAAGCCCUGCCCUGUUUGCAGACCUUAGGAAGCGGGGAGUGUGGGCUUGUGGCACCAUUCGUACCACCAGGGAGGGCUUCCCGAAGACGAAGGUGAACGACAUGCCUAAGCAUGCUGAUCGGGGACCAUGCGAUGGAUCCGUGAAGAUGGCAUGCUGUUUGUAA